AUGGCCAAGUCUGUGCUCGUGUCCCCUUUCCGAUACCUCGCCAAUCUGGUUGCCUCUCCCAAGAGCUCUGCUUCGACUGACUCUUCCCACCUCGACCCGUCUCUGCGGCAAGACCCGUCUCCCUCUACCAAGCGCAAAGCCGAUCAGGAAGAACAGUUUGGGCGGCAACCAAAAAAGCAUGCAAUAAGGACGGGGCACGGCACUCCCGACCCAUAUGAGGAUGACAAUGACAACCACUCCGCUUCCAGUCCAGAUCUUCCGAUGAAAAGGACUAGAAUCGAGGCAGGGUUGGAUCGCUCGCUUAUGCCUCCUCCAGCGACUCCCCACGGCAAGAUGAAGAAUUUCCCAAUACAGCGUAUCAGCCCAUCGACAAGGCGGGAUUCCCAAGGCUGGAUCCGCGAUGAUGAUUCAACGUCGUUCGUGUCAACUGCCGUUACAAGAAAAAAGCCGGACCUAGUGGACAACGACCUGAUGGAAGAAGCAAGAAGACACGCUGCUGCGAUUACUCUUCCCCCGAACUCGGGCAUCUGGUCACAGACCGAACGCGAGCUGUUUUUCCACCUGGCGUAUCGCGGCUUCGAGCCUCUGCUGCCACAGAACUGGAUGCUGGACUUCGACACCUUACCAAUCAGUGUAUUUGCGCAUGAGGACUCACUAGAUCCAGCACUGAUCCAGAAUGUCAGAGACAACCAGUUCAGAGCAGGACACGCCCUCCGGCGGCUUUUUGAGGCUGGACAAGAUGCACGGGACAGAAGUCACGUCAGUCCUGGAGUGCGGCGAGAGAGGGUGCUGGAAAAGUCUGUGAAAAGAUACCUUUACUGGGCUUUGACUGAUGUCGGGCUGCGACCGAGAUCGAAGACGCAAUACAUCCCGGUCCACGUGGUCGCCGCGAGGAGAACGGGUCAUUCUACUCUACAAACACUGGAGGAAGUUGCGACCAAAUUACAGAAGUUGUCAGAGAGACAUCAAAGGGCCCAGAAUGUCCACCCUAGCGUGGAAACACGCGGCAUGAAUUCGGCAGACGCAGACGAGACUCGGGUUGCGGACGAUGAUCCGUCCACGCCAACUCUAAUUGGACUCGUCAUUAUAUCUGCCGUGCUUGUUGUCGUCACAUUGAGUCCGUUCGCCCCGCCAGCGCCAGAGUGCACCCAUGGAGAAAUAGCCUCUCCGGCCCCUUCUGGUCCCUCCACUCACGGAGGCACAAGCUUCAACCCCGACAGGCUUCGUAUAAUCGCUGAACUGGAUUUCAGCCAAAAAGAUCAAGAUGUGUGGAAUGCGCUUGGGGUGGCAAUUGCGGCAAUGGAGAUUCGGCGGGAGGCACUGAAGGUGAACCGCGGAUUCACCAACGAUGAUAUGAGUGCAAUGGACUGGGAUGGCAUGUCGACCCCAGGAUCAAAGUUCGAGGACGACAUGGGGGAAGUGAGUACGCUGUCAAGACUGCAGUUGGAUGACGACCCAGACUUGUAA